CUCCGGUGCUGCUCCGGAAUUGCUCCGGAUCUCGUGCGAACUUCGGCCGCGGGAUGCCGGAAGCCGUUGGCCAACAACAUCUGGGAUAUAAAUAAUACAGAAGAGGGUCUACUUCAAUCUGCAAGAAUCAAUAACCAGAUCAAAAUGUCGUACACUCUUGAGCAAGUCAAGAAUCAUUGCAAGCCAGACGAUGUCUGGGUCGUGCUGCAUAACAAGGUCUAUGGCAUUACCAAAUACCUCGAGGACCAUCCUGGUGGAGGUGCCAUUCUGCUCGAAGUUGCCGGAACUGAUGCCACGGAUGCAUUUGAGGAAAUUGGUCAUUCCGACGAGGCCCGCGAGCAGCUGGAGCCGUUCUACGUGGGAGAUCUCCCAGCUGAGGAACAAGCUGAAACAGUCGAAGUCUACCGUCCCACCUACGAGCAUAUCUCCCAGGCCGCCGCCGUGGACGUGCACAAACCCUCCCUCUGGACAAAAGUGUUGCGUGUCGUAACCAAGCUCGGCCUGGCCGGUCUCAUUGGCACUGCAGCUGUGACUAUCUACCAGCAGGACCUCACUCCCCAAGUCCUGCAGGCCCUUCGCAACAAUACCAGCAGCAGAAACAGCAACGGAUCCUUCUGGACCGGCGCCGGCAUCGCCAGCAUCACCCAGCUCACAAUCACCUGCAGCCUCGGCCUCUGGCUCUCCUCCAAGCUCGACGUGCAGCAAGAAUUCACACACUACCAACCCCGUCGUGCAGCUCACUCUGCAUCCCUAAUCCCCCUCCGACACACCACCACCCUAGCAUCCCCUCCCAUCCUCCAUCCCCAAAAAUGGCGCCCCCUCACUCUCACCCAAAAGACCGAACUCACCCCCAACGUCUACCGUCUCGUCUUCGCCCUCCCAAACCCCACAGACACUCUCCCCCUACCCAUCGGACAACACAUCGCCGUCCAGGCCCAGAUAGACUCGAACCCGAUCUCCCGCUCCUACACACCCAUCUCCUCGUCCACCUCCCUCGGCCACCUCAUCCUUCUCGUGAAAGCCUACCCGCACGGCAAAAUGACCACCCACCUCGCCUCCCUCCCCAUCGGCGCCUCGCUCCUCUUCCGCGGCCCCAAAGGCGCAAUGCAGUACUCCCGCGACUCCGCCCGCACUAUCAACAUGAUCGCCGGCGGCACCGGCAUCACGCCGAUGUACCAAGUCUUGCGCGCAGCAUGCACCGACCCGCUUGACGAUACGCGCAUCAACCUCCUCUACGCGAACAAUACCGAGAACGAUAUCCUUCUGCGGGAGGAACUUGAUGCGCUGGCUCGCGAGCAUCCGGACCAGCUUAAUGUGAAGUAUGUGCUUAGCCGGGCGGAUGAUUCCUGGAAUGGGUAUCGGGGAUUCGUAGACGAGGGCAUGAUGAGGAGGGAGUUUUCGGCGCCGGGAGACGCGAGGAAGGUGUUUUUGUGUGGGCCGCCGGGGAUGGUCGACGCUGCGAAGAAGAUCCUAGCGGGGUUGGGAUGGUCGGUUCCCCGGGGGUCGGUGGCGAAGGGGGAGGAUCAGGUUUUUGUUUUUUGAUUUGAUUUCUGUGUAUUACUUGUAUUGUGU